AAGACACAGAGGGGACGACCCAGAGCAGAGACCAGAAGACACAGAGAGGACGACCCAGAGCAGAGACCAGAAGACACAGAGAGGACGACCCAGAGCAGAGACCAGAAGACACAGAGAGGACGACCCAGAGCAGUGUCCUGUCUGAAGACACAGAGAGGACGACCAAGAGCAGCGUCCUGUCUGAAGACACAGAGAGGACGACCCAGAGCAGCGUCCUGUCUGAAGACACAGAGAGGACGACCCAGAGCAGCGUCCUGUCUGAAGACACAGAGAGGACGACCCAGAGCAGAGACCAGAAGACACAGAGAGGACGACCCAGAGCGAGAUGGACAGACUUCUUCUGCUCAUCAUGGCUGCAUCAGGGCUGAGUGCUGUCUCAUCAGCUGCUGGACGUCAGUACUAUUUUGUGUAUGACAGGAAGAACUUUACUGAAGCCCAGAGAUACUGCAGAGAGAAACACACAGACCUGGUCUCUGUAGACCACAUGGAGGUCAUGAAGAUCCUGAACAACACCGCAGAUCUAGACCACAUGGUCUACUCCAAGAACAGCUACAGAGCCUGGAUAGGACUGUCCCGGGACAGCUGGAGGUGGUCCCUGUCAGACCCAGGUUUCUACAGACCCGGGGAGACGGACUUCAGACGAUGGUACCCAGGAAAACCAAACAGUGGAUACUGCACAGGGUUGGCUCCUGAUGGAUACUGGGACGACUACGAUUGUGACAACACAGAUGCAUAUUCACUCUGCUCAGAUGUCAGAGGGUCAAAUGUCACUUUUGUCCUCGUCACUUCCUCCUAUGUGUCAUGGACUAGAGCCCAGAACUACUGCAGAACCCACCACACAGACCUGGCCAGUGUGAGAAACAUGGCAGAGAACCAGAAGAUACAGGGGAUGCUAAGACAGACAGUCUGGAUCGGCCUCUUCAGGGACCCCUGGAAGUGGUCUGAUGGAAGUUCCUCCUCAUUCAGCUUCUGGAAGACCGGGCAACCUGAUAACAAGAACCCGAACCAGACCUGCGUGGCUGCAGACUUCAGCCAAUCAGGAGCCUGGGAGGGCUGGCCAUGUGACAUGGAGAGAGCGUUCAUUUGCUACGGUCCAGGUGAGUGGUACGGUCCAGGUGAGUGGUACGGUCCAGGUGAGUGGUACGGUCCAGGAGAGUGGUACGGUCCAGGUGAGUGGUACGGUCCAGGUGAGUGGUACGGUCCAGGUGAGUGGUACGGUCCAGGUGAGUGGUACGGUCCAGGAGAGUGGUACGGUCCAAGUGAGCCUUGAUGCUCAAUUCAGAUUUUUUUAUCCGACUGAACGCAUCAGACUCAGGUAUAUUAUAAAAAAGUAAUUUAUACUGCAUCUAUCUAUCUA